AUUCGUGAGUGGGCUCGACCACAAGCGACUGAUCCUUUAAAGGAAAGUAAUGCAAAGGAAAACAGAGCUAGAAUCCAACAACAGUAGAGUGAGAGGAUCACUCAACCACGUCGCCUUCAUGUGGUUUUGGACACAUCAUGGAUGGCACACAAUUGUUAAACAUGUUGUACACAGACAGACACGCUUGCAUAUACCCACACGGAUACUGUACUUUGUAUAAAAAUAAAAAUAAAAAACCUUAAAAAAAACAGCAACAGACACACACAGGCGCUCUCUUUUUCUGAGUAGGCUAAAAUAGGAAAGUCUGAACACACAUUAGGAGCUGUAUACUGGGCAGGAAGACUAUUGUGAGACUGCAGCUGGUUUCCCUGAUAAAACAUACAUUUUCUUGGCUUUUGGAUCGAGACAAUUCCUCUCCCUUUUCAGAAAUGUUUUCCAGGUGUGCUAAAAGAUAUGUGCAUUAAUGGAAGAUAGACUGCUGGCUGGGAGAAAAUCCCUUGAUGCGAGCUGAUUGGUUAAUAACCCUGACUGCAGAUUGACAGCACCUGUGAGAGUGAGAACGAGCCAAAGGCCUGGGUGUAUAAAAACACCAUGUUUUACCAGGGGAUGAUCUGCAGUUUCUAUCAUCAGUUCAGUGAAGUGCAGGUCAUCUACAGUUGGCAGCUUUCUUCAGAAUGGCAGGGAAAAGAGUCCUGAUCGUGUAUGCCCAUCAAGAUCCACACUCCUUCAAUGCUGCAGCCAAAGAGGUAGCAGUGGAAGCUCUAACAUCUCAGGGCUUCAUAGUGGAAGUGUCUGACCUGUAUGCCAUGAACUUCAAAGCCACUGCAACUGCUGAAGACAUCACUGGAGAACUUGCAGCUGACAUGCCCUUCCACUAUGCAGAGGAGACCAAACUUGCAUGGCAACAAGGAAAACUGUCUGCUGACAUCACUGAGGAGCAACGGAAACUCACUGAAGCUGAACUUGUUAUCUUUCAGUUCCCCAUAUACUGGUUUAGUGCACCUGCAAUCCUGAAGGGCUGGUUUGACCGGGUGCUCACAGAGGGCUUUGCCUUCACUCCAGAGAAACGAUACAGCCAAGGAAUCUUCCAGGAUAAGAAGGCUAUACUGUCCUUCACAACUGGAUCUCAGGAGUCGAUGUUUGGCAUAAAUGGCAUUAACGGAGACGUCUAUGUUGCAAUUUGGCCAAUUCAGUAUGGGACCCUGCACUACUGUGGCUUCCAGGUCCUUGCCCCUCAGAUUUCCUGGGAUCCUGCUCAUACUUCUCAAGAGGCCCGUGGCAAUAUGCUUGAGGCCUGGAGAAAACGACUGCACGGUCUCAUGGAAGAGAAACCCCUCUUCUUUCCAUCCAUGGACUCCUUUGACAAGGAGCUGGGUUUCCAACUGAGGACUGAGCUCCAUGAACAAGAGGCCAGCAAAGGCUCAACUGUGGACAAGCACUUGGAAAAAGUACCACGAGCCAGCCAGUUUAAAUCUGGAGUCUGA